AUGGCAGACAAGACAUUGCCAUCCUGGGCCUAUGUCAAGCUCGACCGCCCACGCUCCGGUUCUACGGAGUCCACACCCUUACUUAUCCGUAUCGCCUCCCUGGCAGGCGGACGUGAGCCCCAGGCCGUCGGCCCGAUCAUCGCUCUGUUGUUCUCAGUGGAGAACCUGCAUCAGGUUGUAUCCAGAGACCCCUCCUUAUUCCACAUCACGCGUCUCGGCCAUGCCGGUCUCAUCGACUUCCGCGCUCGUCUGACAGAGGGCGAUCCGCGCGUGCUCCGCGCUCUUCACGGAUCCCUCGUUGACCACGACAGAAUCAGAGACGCCAUCGCCUUAACUGAGGGCCUGCUACUUAUCGACAGAAGUCUGCAAACAAUGACGGAUGCCGAACUUAAGCCCCUGGUUCAACAGAUCCGUGACGAACUCCGCGCUCCGCCAGAGACGCCCUCAGCCGACCUCUACGAUCCAGCAAUUAAUGGCAGCUUCUGA